AUGUCGACCUUCAAGUACGAUCAGAAACUUGCGCUCAACGAGAUUCGACUAAUACAGCUUCUUCCUGGAGAUUGGCUUGAUGGCCUCGAAGCCAGGCUAUUCCUAGCCGAUCGAGAUCAUGAGUACCUUGCCCUAUCAUAUGCCUGGGGGAGCUCGAAAAGAUCAAACCAUAUAACCGUCAAUGACAAGAUUCAUCGGAUCACUUUCAACUUAGACCGGGCCUUGCGUUCCAUUCGAAGGCAGGCAGAGCCAGUCAUUCUUUGGAUUGAUUCCAUCUGCAUCAAUCAAGAUGAUGCUGUCGAAAAAGGCCACCAAGUUGGCUUGAUGCACGACAUAUUUAGCUGGGCCACUGAAGUCAUUGCCUAUAUCGGGGACGGCUUGGAUAGAAGUCGCGGGGACUAUCCACGUCGUUUCGAGAAACUAGGGAAGAACCCCUUCCUCGAGUUCCUCCCCAAUGAUGAAAUGGGCACGCUUAGCUUGGAAUCGCAGAAGUACUUGGACAAGGUGAAGGACUCUCAGCCGGGUUCGCUCACAGAACAUGAAGAAAUCAUGUGUCUGUAUAGCCUUUUCGAACUUUUCGAGAUCAACACUUUUUCCAGGGGCGGACCUCUUGCGAAUGCAUACCAAGAUGACCUGACGCACAAUCUCAGUGAAGCACAAUUGCGGUUGAUAUCCGAAAGAAUGCGACACUUCGCGACAAGCGACUGGUGGAAUCGGAUGUGGAUUGUCCAAGAGGCUUGUGUUGCUCGACAGCUUACUGUUAUUUACGGCCGCGCUUCAAUUCCUUUCGCCUACGUCGAACACGCGGCUCAAGCAUUCAAGGGCUCACCCGCGACCAAACAUCCAGACUUGGCUAGAGUGAUGCUCUACUUGGUCGGCAAAAUAGACGCAAUCAGGCCGGUUCGCCUAGUGACAGAGAACGUUGGCAGCGCGGAGCAUCUCACGGCGUGCAGUUCUCUGCUGUGGCUUCUCAGGAAGUUUCGGAAUCGCAAAUCCUCAGAGCCGCGAGACAAGAUAUUUGCUCUUCUCAAACUUGCCGAGGAUAUGAAAAUGAGAAGACCAUUUCAACACAACAAACUGACCAUCGAGACUGACUACGAAGUUGAUGUCGGUGAGCUCUUUUCUCACGCAGCAUAUGAGAUCAUCCACCACACCGGUCUUCUCUGGAUGACGACACCAGAUCUGCUCGCCAAGAGCCGCAAAGAUAUUCCUUCAUGGGUACCGGAUUGGUCUUCCGAGUACAUGAUUCCUGGUUUCAACCAGAGACGAUUCGAUCUCCAAGAGGAAACUUACUUGAAAUUCAACGCAAGUCGUGUACGGUUCCGGCAUUUCCGGACGAGUUCAUCGGGCGACGAGUUCAGAAACAUAUUGCCUCAACAACACUUUGAAGGUUUGCUCGAGAAAAGCCCAGACAGGUGGAAGCCGGUCCAUGAUCUUCCGAUUAUGAUAAAAUACACGUCAAGCUGGCCGUUUGAAAACAAAGAGCAGCGUUCCGCUUUGAUUCUCAAAGGCGUAGCUUGUGGCGUCGUUGUGACUGCAAGCGAUGUCAUUCGCAGUGACCUCUCAAACAUUAGCUUCGUCAUCUUCCAGGUUCAGAAUAGCUACGAAAGACAGGAAGGGUGGCGUAUCUAUCGAGUACCGCUACUUGAGACUAUCGCAUCCUGCCUCUCCUCCGCUGUGCAGAUUCGCAGUGAAUAUAGCGAUUAUGUCCAGCCACUCGAACCUGAGAAGCGACGAGAAUUCGCCCGCUGGACUUUCAGAAAACUCCCGCGCUACUUCAAGUCAAUGAAUUCUCAGCCAGUUCUCCAUGAGGAGUUCUACAGGACAGCUGCAGAUUGCCCCGAAGGGACCGGAAUUGACGCCAUUGUCUUUAGAGAAUUUUCGCCACAUUUACGAUUUCAAGUCACGACGGCGACAUUUAGCAACGAACGGCAGUUGGAUGAUGAAUUAGGCCUGAAUGGAAUGUAUAGACUCGUUCGUUUACUACCGGAAGAUUUUGGCAUUCAAGAGCAGUCAAAGCCGAACGAUCUCUCAUGGAAAGAGGACACCAUUCGAACUAUAGCUGCCGGAUACCGAUUGUUCGUUACUGAUCGAGGCCAAGUUGGGCUUGGCCCGGAGAACAUGCGGGUAGGAGACGCACUAUGCGUGCUGGAAGCUGGUCUCAUGCCCUAUAUUCUACGAAAACACAUCGGUACUUUGUACACCGAGUCUUCGAGGGUCGGGCAAAUGGAGAGCGUCAUGGGCACGAACCGUUUCACAAUGGUCGGUACCUGUUAUGCCGACGGUAUUAUGCAUUGGGGGGACGAAGCGCAGGGUUGGGCAGACAACGCCGACGAUGAUGAGGAGAUUGAUUCAAAAUUGAGACGAAGGCUCAACGCCCCUGAGCUCAAGGAGGCCGCAUUUGUCCUGGUUUAA